AUGCCAGGUCCUUUUCAGGCCUAUGAUCUUAUGAAAUAUGAGCACAUUCUUCAACUACCAGCACGACAUGUGAAAGAGUUCCUAGCAAAAGAGAACGUUGCACCAUCGAGGGUUAUGAACGACGAAAGUGAAGCGAUCCUCGAGAGAAUCGAAUACGAGAAACGAAACAAAGCAGCUCUGAUUAUACAGAGAGUGUUCAAAACGUACCACAGGAAACGGCUCGCUGGAAGAUAUCUACGGAGCAUCACAAUGAUAAAGCCGAAGCGUCGUGUGGAGCUUAUUGGACUUAUCAAUGACAGACUAAAUGACAGGAAGUCUCUACGUAAGGAACAUCUGAAUAUAAUGAAAGAGAAGCUGGCAGCGUACCGAGCAGCUCGAGGACGUGAUGCAGAAUCAUUUGCCAAGAGGCAGCUCAUAGUUCAGUCAAUGAAAAGGGAUAUUGCAGUGUUGAGUAGUAAGUGCUCUCUUGGUUACUAUUCUUGA